AUGAGCAGUAAAAUAUUGAACCGGCCGUACGGCGGCGGUAAUUACGCCAAGCUGGACAAGGAAGACCCAGACGAAGUAUUCCACCGGCGGGCUCAGUUCCUGAUCUACAAGGUGAUGCAGCGCGCCGACGAUUCGCGGCGGGGCGCGUCGUUUUGCCAGAUCAAGCUGUGCAAGUUGAAGGUGAGGAUCGGGAAGAGGUUGAAGAAGCUGAGGAAGGGCGUGGUUCUGAGCAUGUCGGCGGCGAGGUUGAGGAUUUACCGGAUGAUUAGGAUUCAGUGGAAGCGGUUGUUCGGCGGCCGGUCCAUCGCCGCCGCCGGUGGUGGUGGCUGUGUUGUUCUUCCUGCUGCUGCUGCAGCUUCCAUCUUCCCUUCCUUGUGA